AUGAGACACAUGGAAUCAUUUGACUACAAACUCAUAAUCAGUAAAGAUGGUAAAUGGCAAAUAGACAAGGAUGGAGAAACAAUGCUAUACAAUCACGAUGGCAGCCCUACAAUCACAAACACCAUUUCAGCUCACCUAAAAAAUAAAGUGUCAUGCCGCAAGAGAGUCCAUAGAGCACAUUGUAUCCUCAUGCCACGCGAUGAAACUACUAUGUAUAAUACCAAGACACAACAUGGUAGUGAAGGUGAUACUCAAAGAUAUGCUGAAUAUCUUACAAGCCAGGAGCAGUCUACCAGUCUGACACCAUUGAGAUCCCAAUACGACGACAACAACGACGACGACAAUGAAGCAAACGAUUAUGAUGCAGUCGUUAAAGUUGAAACUAGUGACGUGAGCGAGAACAGCGACAAGGAGCAAAUCAAUGUCCAAGAUGAUGAGGAGAAAUCGCCUAUUAUUAGAAAGAAAGUAAUUACACCGACCAAGGCAUAUAAGAAGAGUCUUCGUAGAUUCUCAGGAGAUCACGAGGUUCCAAAGCUGCAGUUCGAGCAAACAACUACAAAGAAAUCAAGCAAAAAAUCAACUAAACAAGAAAAGUCAACAACAACAAUCUAUCUCUAUAUCAAUCACAGAAACAAAGUACUAACUUUGCUUAAUAUACAAUAA